AUGUUUCCAGCCGCAUUAAGAUCUAUGAGAGUCGGAGGAGGAUUAAAAGCUACUUCAUUUAGAGCUUUAUCCUCAUCUACAAAGGCAUUAACUACCUACCAACAACCUGAUUAUUCUAAUUACUUGAAUGAAAAGGGUAGUGAUAAGAGUAGAAACUUCACUUAUUUCAUGGUCGGUUCCAUGGGUUUGUUAUCAGCCGCUGGUGCCAAAUCGACCGUCGAAGCUUUCUUGUCAUCCAUGGCGGCAUCUGCUGAUGUCUUGGCUAUGGCCAAAGUCGAAGUGAAGUUGGCUGCUAUUCCAGAGGGUAAAAAUGUGAUUGUAAAAUGGCAAGGUAAGCCCGUCUUCAUCAGACAUAGAACUGCAGAUGAAAUUGAGGAAGCCAACGAAGUUGAUGUGAGUAAAUUGAGAGAUCCACAAACCGAUGCUGAAAGAGUCAAGAAGCCAGAAUGGUUAGUCAUGUUGGGUAUCUGUACUCAUUUGGGUUGUGUUCCUAUUGGUGAAGCUGGUGAUUUUGGUGGAUGGUUCUGUCCUUGCCACGGUUCUCACUAUGAUAUAUCUGGAAGAAUUAGAAAGGGUCCAGCACCAUUGAAUUUGGAGAUUCCUCAUUAUGAUUUCACCGAUGCCCUGACUUUAUUAGUCGGUUAA